UACCUGUGUUUACCUGGUGUAUUGAUUGUGCGUGUCACACAGGUAAUCUCGCUGAGACGGUCCCCAAUCAGCGCCAUUUUCUACAGGUAUGUAAGUGGAACCGGUUGAAUGAAAUCUAUUUAAAUGACUAGUACAAUGGCCGCUCCCCUCUGAGGACUCGCUUGGACCUGUACGCAAUAGAAUUGGACGUGUACGGGGCUAGCUGACACAACGGAAGUAUCCAUAUGCCUAGCAUAUAGAGUGGUACCUGGACGGACAAGCUGAUAUUAUCGGACCUGUUGGUAUACAGAAGCACCAAGAUGGGCCGUGGGUCAUUGUGUCUACUUUUUUUCGCCCUGUUUUUCCUGUUAGUGUCACUAGGCCUGACCCUGACAAGUAUAGUGACAGACUUCUGGUACACCGCCGAUGCCACAGCGUCCACAAACACAACAGUCCAGACUGUCUUCUCUUACAACUUCGGAAUGUGGAGGAAGUGUUAUACCCAUUCCAUGCCAGACAGCGUACCACUUGAACGACGGGCCGGUAUGUGUGGCUACACGUAUCAAGAUCUCCUCCCUGUCAGAGAAGACACGCGUACCUUCGACGAGAAACGGUACCUACAUUUGGAGAGAUCGUGGCUUGGGUGUAUGAUAGCUUGUGCCGCUGUACAAAUAUUCAGUGUCCUCUCCUUGAUUUGUGGACUUUGGCCAGCCGACUGUAAAAGUUUCAAAAAGUCGAGUCUCUACCUGGUGUCCGCCAUCUUGUGUCUGAUCGCAGGUCUGUGCGGGAUUGCGAGCGGCAUAUGUUUCAUUGCCCUGCGAGACAAGGACAUCUACAUGCGCAUGAUCUAUCCUAGUCACGUGACUUACGCUUACAGCUGGUCUUUCGCGCUGGGUUGGGGAGGGACAGGUCUCUGUCUCCUCGAGGGGUUUAUCUUCUUGUGUCUCCUCCGGAAGGACUACGAUAACGUCAACGAGACACGGAAGUACAACUCUUUCGGCUGAAAAGAGGACAGGACUGCUUUGUGACGUAAUACUCAGACACAAAUAAAUGCGUGAUAAUACUUGAAGUAAUAUACUCUAUCUGCUGUGUACAAAUUCAGAUGGUACAGGUCCGUAAACUGACCCCGUCGUGCUGCUGUCACGACGGUCUCUGCGGACUGACGGACUGUGUCGCUCUGUGGAGGAGGAGGAGGACACUAUAUAUAACAACAUAGAAGUUGCUAUUGUAAUGGAGAGGCUUUACCUGGUUGACAUAUUCUAUCUCCGACCUGUCUCAGACCUUGUCUCACUAGUACGUGGUUGUAGAUACCACUGGUCAGUCUAGUUCUACAGGUGUCUCCUAAGUAACAACGUGGACUUAUGUUCUUCAUAAUCAUGUAAUACCUAUAACAAUACCACAUUCCACUGUCUCAGUACCUGCUGUAAUAUUGUCCGUCUUGAUCUGUAUUCCAGACUUCACAUGAGUUAUAAUAUAAAUAUGCACAAACUACAUAGUUGCCCACUAAGACAUGGCCUUUACUUCUAUAUUACUACACCGAUUGUGUCUCUAAGGUAGAUGUUGUAAAUGUUUUAAAGAAAUCCGACUAUUAUAGACAGUUACAUGAUGUAGUUAUGUUGCGCCAGCCUUUCUAUUAGGUCAAUUGGUUAAUUGAGGACGUUAUAACAAAGUAUGUAGCCAAGACUUUUCCAAAUUUAAGCAUUAAAUGUAUAUGCUAGUGUGGGAGAGAGUGUUAUUCCCUUCAUUGUCAGAACCGUGGUUUAAAUUUGAAUCGUGCAGUGCAUACAAAAUGCGAAUCGGGUUUUA